AUGAACAGUGCUGCAGCGGUCCGUGGGCUGCUCAACAGGCCUACAGUCGCAGCACCGUACCUGGCACGGCCCUUCGUGAACAUAUACGACCUGGAAGGCACCACGGAGGCGCCCUUUCUCAGUGAAGCUAAUAUCAGCUAUGCGGCCAGACUGUUCGAGAAAAGGGUAAAUCCCAACCCCGUAUACGUGGCGGACACCGUGGAUGAUGCGCCCAGACGCAGGACCCCGCAGGUGGCCAUACUGGGCCAUUCGAACGUCGGUAAGUCCAGCCUGCUGAACUCGCUGCUGUACGGGAAGAUGCUCCCGCGGUUCGCCAAGGAUGUGAGAUCGAACGCAAAAAUGCUCAAGGAGCCCGUUUUCGCGCCGGUUUCGGACAACCCGGGCCGCACCAGGCACAUGUUCACGUUCGACCUGGGCGGCGACUUAUCGCUGGUCGAUCUGCCGGGAUACGGCUACGCCAAGGUGCCAGACGUAAGACAGAUGUGCCCGCAAGCGUUCACGUACGCCUCGCAGAACCUCAGGAACGAAUGGUCGGUGCUGGUCAACAAGUACCUGACGCAAGCACCCAGCUUGCAGCGCCUUUUGUCGCUCAUAGACAGCCACAAGGGCCCGGGGGAACUGGACGUCAAGUUGUGGGAGAUGCUACAGGAAAUGAGGCUGCCCUUCCAGGUGGUACUCACGAAGUGCGAGGCGCUCAAGCCGCACGAGCUACACCUCGUGUGCCAGCGCACCGUUGAGAUGCUCAAGGCGUACGGAGACUGCGUCCACCCGUAUGUGCACGCUACGUCCGCGCUUAGACAGCUCGGAAUCGCCGAGCUCAAGCUGUCGAUAGCACACAUCGCAUACACACACGCUGCAAAGCGAAAUAUAGUCCAAUGA